AUGAAAUAUAUUAACAGGACAAUAUUGAUAAAAAAUGUGUAUUAUAAAAAUAUACAGUUCAGAAAAAUUUAUUAUAAAAUAAAUAUAGUAGGAGCAUGCAAUAGUGGUAAAUCUACACUAAAUAAUUGUUUGCUUGAAAAACUUAAUGAGACAUAUAAAAAAUCUGUUAUAAAUAAUAUUGAAAAUUAUUGUAUCCAAAAUAAUGAAAAUUUAAUUACAAUAGAAAAUAAGAAAUGUUUAAUUGUUGAUACUUUGGGAAUAAAUGAAAAAAUGCUAAAAAAAUUCGAAAUAUGGAAAUCUAAAAAUUAUGAUAAAAAUUUUGAAAAUAAUAAUAUAAUAAAAAAUUAUUUUAAUGCAAUUAUAAAUAGUAAUUUAAUUUUGUUUCCAGUUAAAGGUUCAGAAAUAAGGCAAGCAGAUAUAUUUGUACAUAAUAUAAUAAAAGAAAUAUAUAAACAACAUGAUAAUAUAUUCACAAUUGUUCAAAACAAUUUAGAUUAUAUAUACUCUGACAAAAUAAAGUAUAAUUUUCUUGAUAUGUAUGAGCAUUUUACAAAUAUUAUUUUUUUUCCAUAUUCUUUGGAUAGUUACAAUAAAAACGCAAAUUUAAUUGAUAUAAUAAAAGAAAAAGUCAGGCAAACAAAAAUAGAAACAGACAGUUCUAUGAUUAUAAAUAAAGUAUCUACAAAUGAACAAACCAGUUUAAAAACAAAUUUUUAUGAAGAACCGUCGCAAUCUUAUGAAUAUGAAAUGCAUGAAUUUAUCGACGAUAGUUUGAGAAUAUUUCGGCCAACCCUAAAUGGGGAAAUAAAAAACUAUUUUUAUAAAUUUAUUGAUUUAAAAAAAAAAGAAAAAUCCAACGACCAGUUAUUUAAUGAUUAUUUUAGUAAAAAAAUUCUGAACAAGGAAUUAAAAACAAUAAGCCGAGAUGACUUGCAAAAAAAAUAUGCAAACAUAAUGUGUGAGCCUCGAAAAGAAGAAAGUACUAACAACGACUACAAUAAUAAUAGUAGUAAUGCUGAUCGAUCAAAUCAAGAAAAUGAAACUAAUACCUUGAAAGACGAAGGAAAAUGGCUUGAUCCGCAUAACAUAGAAAAAUGGAUCCAAGAAAACAGUGAAUAUGGAAAAGAAAAAAAAAAAAUAUUAAAAAAAUUAAAAAAUAAAAGAAUGGAAUUGCUCAGAAAAAUUAUUAACAGAGAUAAGGAUAUAAAUCUGUAUAGUCUGAUAAAUCUGAGCAAAACUAAUAUUUCUAUAAAUCAAGAAAACGAAAAAAACAAAAUUUUCCAUGAUGACAAUAAUGUAACUAAUGAUUGUAUAGAAGAAGAGGGGCAAUUAUGCCAACCAGGAUAUAGUGUGAAUUAUUUGGAAAAGGACGAUCCCUCAAAAUGUAGUUCAUAUAAUUUUUUUGAUAAAAAAAAUAUAAAUGACGAAACAGAUAUACCGAAAGAAGAGGGAACAAAAGGUUGUAUAUCUAAAACGGCCAAUUCAACAGAAUAUAAAUCUGAAAAUAAAGAAAGUGAAAUAAAAGUGUGUAUUUUAGGGGAAAAAAAUUGCGGAAAGACAACACUUAUUGAAACUGUUUUAAAAAAAAAUAUAAUAAAUGAAAAUGAUAUAUAUGAAUUAUUUGGAAAAAAAAGAAAAUAUGUAAAUGAAGAUAUGAGCAUAUUAUAUAAAAAUCAAAAAAUAACAAUUUUAGAUACAUGUAGUUUAAAAAAACAACAUAAAUUUAGAAAUGAAGACUUAUUUUAUGAUGAAGAAAAUAGAGUAUAUAAUAAUAUUCGUAAAUCUGAUAUAUGUAUAUAUAUUAAGGAAGCAAAAGACAAUAACAUAUGUCUAAAUAAAGAUGAUAAAAAAAUGUUGUUUUAUUUAUUAAAAGAAAAAAAAAAUAUAAUAUUUAUAGUUAGUAAAAUAGAUUUAAUUGUUACAGAUUAUGAAAACAAACGAAGUGAAUUUCUAAAAAGCAUAACAAAUACAUUUAGUGAUAUACCAGUAUUAUUUUUAAAUAAUAAUAAUGAUAGUCAUGUUAAUGCGUUGCUUAAACUUAUUACAUAUAUAAAUAAAAGAAAUAAUAUAACUAUAUCUACAUCGACUUUAAAUUUAUUUCUUAUACAAUUUACUAAAUUAUUUCCAAUACCUUGGCUAAAAAAGCAAAAAUGUAAUUUUAAAUUUAUCAAGCAGAUUAGACAAAAUCCAAUUACUUUUCUUAUUUUUACUAACCUUUAUAAAAAUAUACCAAAUAAUUAUUUGACUUUUUUCAAAAAAAAAUUAAAAGAUCAAUUUGAUUUAAAAUAUGUUAACAUUCAGUUUGUUUUUAAAACUACAUGCGAUAAUAGAAAUGUCAAGAAAAAUCAAAUUAUCAAAUAA